AUGUCGUCGUCUCAGGGAAAGAAGAAGGCGUACAAGACACGGCAAUCAAACUCAAAUCCGACACUUUCAGAUGAUUUGAUAUUGAGCUGCGUGGCGCGGGUGUCAAGAUUGUAUUAUCCGACGACUCUCUCCUUCGUCUCCAAGAGCAUUCGAUCUUUCGUAGCUUCACCAGAGAUUUACAAGGAACGGUCACUCUCCAGCUGCACGGAGAGUUGUCUUUACGUGUGUUUACAGCUCCAUCCUCUUGAUGAAGACCCUAAGUGGUUUACUCUGUACCGGAAACCUAAUCAAACCCUAACGUGUGACACAAGUAAUGAUAAUAAGAAGUCAAGUGGGUAUUCUUUGGCUACGGUUCCAAUUCCUCAUUCUCCUCCUAUGGAUCAUUCGAAUCUCGUGGCGGUUGGUUCUAAUAUCUAUAUCGUCGGCGGAUCUGUAUCGCCUUCCUCUAGGGUAUCGAUUUUGGAUUGUCAGUCUAAUACAUGGCGCGAGGGGCCAAGCUUGCCAGAGGAGCUAUUUACAGUUUCUGUAAGCGUUAUUGGUAGAAAGAUAUUUGUAUUAGGAAUCUGCAAAGAUGGCUUUCCCAAUAAGUUUUAUGUGUUUGACACAAAAACACUAACUUGGGAUCCCCUGCCAAUCCUUGGUACCGAGACUACACACUGUACUUACAAAAAAAUCAUAUGUUUUGGCGAUGAGUUGCACCGGGUGAGUAAAACAGGUGUAGUGGAUACUUACAGUUCCAGGGAAAGUAGAUGGGACGAGGUUAAACCAAACAAAGAACAUUAUCAUUUUUUAAGAGAUUCUUCUUGCAAAAUUGGUAAUGUUUUAUACUCUGUUUCAAAAGGAGAGUUCAAAUGGUAUGACAAUGAGGUUAGAGUGUGGAGGCAAUUGAAAGGUGUAUUAGGAUUACUUAAGUUCCAUCUUCACGAUGCUUGUGCUAGAUUGGCUGAUUACGGUGGAAAGAUGGCGGUUUUGUGGGACGAGUUUAUGCCUGGCCGAAAGAAGAUGAUUUGGUGUGCCGUGAUUGCGCUUGAAAUACGCGAAAAUUGCGAAAUUUGGGGGGAAGUUGAAUGGUUUGAUCAUGUGCUUACAGUCCCUUGGAAAUACAAAUUCAUCAAGGUUCUUGCUCCUACUGUUUGA